AUGGGUCCAAAUAAGAAGCAAGGCCAUGCAAAUUGGCAGCGCUCCCAGGAGGUGUCCGGACCUGUGUCCAAGAGAGCCAAGGUCCUACCGGGGAGAUCCUUCGCCCACAUUACUAAGGAGAGGAUCAUGAUAAGGGUCUUCAACAAAGGCAAUACGGACAGAAAGAUCCCCAAAAAUCAGUGGGCGUGGGUGGAAGGAGCGCUAGCUGUCCGCUGCUUUGAACUGAUUACGAGAGAACCCGGCCCACCACCAGUAUGUAAAGAUGUUGGUUGGUAUCAAGGGAAUAACAAAGUCAUUGCCUGUGACGAUGUACGUUCCGUGGAGCUAUAUAGGGCAGCCAUAGCAAGCGUUGGCGAGGUCUAUCCAGGAGCUAGGCUGAUUAAGUGGAGCGAAGUUCAAAGUAGACCUCAGGCUCGCAUUUGGAUUCCGGCGUUGCUAAAGGAGUCACACCAGGUGUUAAUGAUGCUGCAGAGGUGCAAUACUUCCCUUCCCACCCAAGAUUGGAGGGUGGUUGAGAUAGAGGCCUCAUAG